ACACAGUCCAACCCGACCAAGAGAAGGAAUCAAAGGGAGCACCACAACAUUCAAGGUGAAGAGAAAACAAGAACACCACAACCAUGGAUCCAGACAUACCUACGCCCUCUAUUGAGCAUGGCGCCCCUCAAGACACCAACGGCGCCUUUACCACAACAACCCCAGGUCUCGUGUCACCCUCCAUCCAGGUGAAUCAUCAAGACCACCUCCACGCGCACCCAAACUUGUUGAGUGCCGCCGCGCAAAUACCCCUCCCGCCCUCUUCACCCAUGCGCAGUCCCUACCACACCCCUGCGCCCUCCAAGACCAAGUCUCUGUCGCCGAAACCGCCGUCGCGCUCGCCCUCUGUCGCGAGUUCAUAUCGAGGCGAGAGACAAGAGAGACAGUCCACUCCGACACUGGCCACCAGGAGGUCAACCUCCAGCCUGAGUAAUACCAGGGGCAGCACCCCUCAAUACCGCCGAGCGUCCUCCAAUCUCAACCCUCUCUAUCCUGCGGCAAAUGGCAAGAUGUCGCUUCCAGAACGCCCGCCUGUCACUGCCAGUUCGGUAGCGAAGGAGUAUUUUGGAAAAGAGUUGGAGGCCCAUAUCUCCCUACAAUCCCCUGUGGUGGUAAUAGUCCAUGAUUCGUGCUAUGGGCACCGCUUUUCCCGCCCGCGCACCUCGAAGAAUGCCCUCGCCACAAUUGUCGAGCGCCCGGAAAGAAUCCAUGCCACGUUGCUGGGAGCGUCUGCUGCCUACGUUCGCCUGGGAGGCCGGCAUGCUGACGGUGAAUAUGCGCCUUGCCCCAAGCACGAACCCUCACGCGUGUGCAACAUCCCCUUCCAGAUCCGCAAGACCUCUCGAAAUAUUCCUCUCAACCACCCUUCAGUCGCUUUCGUACACGGUUCAAAAUGGAUGGAAGAGUUGCAAAUCAUGUGCGACACCGCCGAAGGGAAAUUGGCCCUCAACGGGAAAGAGCUGGUGAGACCAAUUGGAUACGGCAAGGACGAGAAUGGAAAUGCCCUUCCCAAGCUGCACGAAGGCGACUUGUACUUGUGUGCGGAAUCGCUGGCCGCUUUCCAGGGCUGUCUCGGUGGCGUCUGCGAUGCAGUCGACACUGUCUUCUCUUCACCACUCACCAAGCGAGCAUUUGUCUGCAUUCGACCUCCUGGCCAUCAUUGCUCGUCCAAUUACCCCUCAGGCUUCUGCUGGCUGAACAAUGUUCACGUGGGAAUUGCCUAUGCGGCGAUGAAUCACGGCCUGACACAUGCCGCUAUUAUAGACUUCGAUCUACACCAUGGAGACGGUUCCCAGAAUAUUGCCUGGAACCACAAUCGAAAGGCACAGGGCGCAGCUAAGAAUGCUGCUGCACACAAGAAAACCCCUAUUGGCUAUUACAGCCUCCAUGACAUCAACUCCUAUCCCUGUGAAUGGGGUGACGAAGAAAAGGUGCGAAAUGCAAGCUUGUGUAUCGAAAACGCUCAUGGCCAGUCAAUCUGGAAUGUCCACUUGGAACCCUGGACGAGCCAUGAUGAUUUCUGGAAACUGUACGAGUCCAAGUAUAUGAUCCUGCUUGACAAGGCGAGGCUGUUCCUUCGCCAUCACACGGCAAAGUUGCGCGCUUCUGGAAACCAGUCCCCAAAGGCUGCCAUCUUCAUCUCGGCAGGCUUCGAUGCCAGCGAGUGGGAAGGUGCAGGCAUGCAGAGGCACAGCGUCAACGUCCCGACAGAGUUCUACGCACGUUUCACAGCCGAUAUUGUACGGCUUGCUCAUGAAGAUGACCUCGGCGUCGAGGGUCGAAUCAUUAGCGUCUUAGAGGGCGGAUACAGUGACCGUGCUUUGACUUCAGGUGUCCUCAGCCAUAUCUGUGGCAUGACUGGCGACAAUCCUUCCCUGGUUGGCAAAAGCGCUUCAGACGCCCAAGAGAAUAGAUUUCAAACAAUCAACAAUUGGGUACAAGACAUCCCGUCCUCUACUACCGGGCAGCAUUUUUCCUACUCAGCAAAUUGGUGGGCCCUUCAAAAUAUAGAAGAGCUUGAAGCUGUCGUCGCAGGCCGACAACCUCCAGCUUCAAAGGCAAAAGAUAAGACUGGAAACUAUUCCUCGCCAACACAAGCGUCUACUCUCAAGAUGACCGAGAAUGCUCGCGAAAAACGGUCAUUAUCAGCUUUGCAUGCCAGACUCUCUCUGGAGGCUGGCUAUGAGCCCCCGCCGCCCGACGUCGAUUGGGCCAUAGCUUCGUAUGAGCUGUCUCGUGUCAUCAUCCCUAGCGAUCGCCAAACCCUGAGUUGUACCCAUGAGGAACUCAAUGUGGAAGCGACAAGGGUACGACGAGAGCGGCCGUCGGCCGUCGGCUUACCUUCUGGCCCUGACGAACGGAUGCAACUUCGAGAUCGAAAACCAAAAGCCCCCCCUCCUAGCCUUUCGGCUGUCCGAGCAGUAUCGCGGAACGGCAAUCGGCGAACGACCAUCGCAGCAGUUAGUGACUUGCCUGAUCCGAACAUAGAGCACCCAGAACUGCCCAACGGAAGAAUGCGCCGAAGAUCCAGUGACGCAUCGAGCAUAUUGUCGAGCUUCCAAGGCAUGAAAUUGUCAGAUCAGGGUGCUGGUGACGCGGAGAUUAUGCCAAAGCCAUCAAAUGUACAAGUACCUUCAAGGGCACCCCCAACAGCCCCCGGGAAGCCAGUAAAGGCCGUUGCUGUAAAGAAGACGAGAGCACCACCUGUCACAAAGGCACCGAUAAAGCCAAAGUCUAGCCCUCGGAGGCAGAAAACUGUCCAAUCAUCUGUUACAGGCUUGUCCGAGGCCAAAACUUCCCCUAGCAUUGCCCAGGAGGAUGUAGUCAAAAGAGAGCCAUCUGUGCCCUCCCAAGAUGGCCGCAAAGAACUGUCAACUACUGAUGAGAUGGACAACCUUACAAAUGGGAUGAAGAAGAUUUCGAUUAAACUGAAAAUGCCGACAGGGGAAGAGCACGCCAGUAAACAGAACCAAAAGAUGAACGAUGAUAAACAGAAGAAGCCUCGUGCACCAAGGAAACCGCUGGUACCGAAAAAUUUAAAGCCGGCUAAAACGACACUCGUUGCAGAUCCGGGAUACCCGGUCAAUAUACAAACAAAGCUCCCCCAGGAUGGCCCCCGAGAAUCCUUUGAAACGCCCGCCGCAAGUGUAGCUGGAAUGGGAACGUCAACUGUUGUUACUCAAGCCGUUGAAGAUCCUAUCCCUGACCCCGGCGCGAAUUCUCUAUUUGGAGACAAAGGCACGGACAUGCCUCCACCAUACAUGGGACCACAGAAAGUCAACGGACUGCAAGAGUCACACCAGUCGACCACGCCAGGACCGGCCGUGUCUGUGCAUGUGUCAGAUGCGCAAGCUCCAAUAAAUAACCCUCCCUUCGUUCUUCCUCCACAGAGCUCCCAAAUUCAAAAUACCCCGGCCUACACUACUUCGUCGGGAGUGCCUUUGUCGGCUGGAACAGAUAACCCAGUCCAGAGAACAAAGCAGGACCUACCCGUCUUUACUUCAAGCUCUCCCAUUCCGUUUGCGGCCCCCACUCAGGACGAGCCACACUUGCAGACACAGAAUCAUGAACAAGCUACGAACCAGCAGGCUUCGGUCUGGGAGAUACCUGAGAUCUUGCAGCCAGAGUGAAAGAGAUCCUUCUGAAGACCAUCCAUUCUCUUAUUAACUUCUUGGAUGCGAUUGGUCAGGCACCUUCGGGUAUGAGCUUCUUGGAUGGUGUGAAUGGCAGGCUCCUUCCUACCCAUCCUCCUUUCUCCUUUGUUCUUCUUUUGUUUGAGUUAGAGAUACCCCCUACAGCAUUGGUUAGGAGCUUGGAUGUGUAAUGGGAAAACCAGGGUUAUUUUGAAUCCUAAUCUUUCGUUCCGAAGUGCAAUGAACCGCCUCAAGUUGGAAAGAGCAUGCUGAGAUCAGCUCCGCCAGCAGAACCAAUUGGGGAUCACUGCUCCUCCGGUGACAAAAGUAAUGAAAUACAUUCAGAUCGAUUUAUCAUCGCUCCAGUAGCUCUCGUAUCUUUUUGAACAAGCGAGACAGAAAACACACAAAG